UCAAUUUUAAUUACGGAAUUUUUUAUGUCUUACAAAUAAUACCAUUUUGUUGCAAUUAACGUAGGUAGUGUGAUUUUGUAUUUGGUGGUUUGGUAAUCAAGUAAUAUAAUCGUCAUUUGUGUGUUAAAAUAAAACUAAGAGACAAUUUAUUUUUAUAUUCCUUCCAUCUCUAAAAGUUCGACUUUUUGAUAAUGUUUAGGAAGAACUUGCAUAGACGGAUAUUCAACAGUGUCUUCUAAUUAUUUAUUUAUUUUAUUCAGAGCAAGAAUCACUUCUCUUCGAGAGUUGAAAUAGGCGAAUGGAUUGUAGCUUUAAACAAUGUACUGCAACUUGUACUACUGCAAGGGAUGUGCAAAAUCACAACGUUAAUGAAAUAUUGGUUGAUAGGCUCACCAAUUUGCCUGAUGAACUGUUAAUUCAGAUCAUAUCUCUGCUUCCUACCAAGGAUGCUGCUGCUAUUUCCGCCUUGUCUAGGAGAUUUAGGCGUGUUUUCCCUUUAAUUACGAGCCUUGACUUUGAUGUUUCACCUGUAUCUUUUUGUUUGAAACAUCCCUAUGCAACUGAACGUUAUCCUACUUUCGUGAGCUUUGUUGAUACUGUACUCCAAGUACACAAAUCGCGGUAUCUUACCAAGUUUAGGCUUAAAGUUAGCAGGGAGGACUUUAAUGCGGUGUACUUUGAUGGUUACACUUUUAUUGGGUGUCAGCCAAGUUGUCUCCCUGACUUGAAACCCCCGCGACUUUAUGCGUGGAUCUCUUAUCCAUUGACCCUUUGUGGCCUUAGGGAGCUUGACCUUAGUAUUCUGGUGAGCGAACCUGGUGAUUCUCAGUUGCCUCCAGCUAUUUUCACAUGUGAAACAUUGGAGGUGUUGAAGCUUGAGGUCAAUAUCGGCCUUGAUCAUGUUUUUACCAUGCCAACUUAUCGUCUUCCAAACUUGAAAUCUCUCCUCUUGUCUGCGUCUGUCAUAUCUGAUGAUGGCUUUCUGACGAGGCUAGUUUCAAGUUGCCCUGUACUUGAAGACCUUACAUUCAAACCCUCUAUGAACGUUGCCAAAAUUUUCGCUAUCACAUCAAGUUCCCUUCGAAGACUCUGUUUGUUGCCUAAU